UGAACAGAGAACCCGCCAUUGGUAUCAGGCAGUUCCGGGGGCAGCCCCUCGCCGUCCCUGGCGCGCCGAGGGGCUAGCGAGGACCCCUGCGACGGCAGCGACGACGGACUCGUGGGUGUGAAAAGCGGGAGUCGGGGCGGCAGGUUUUCUAUAGUUGCCUUAGAAACGGAACUGCUUUCUCUCUGUCCUUCGGCCCUCCCGGAACCAGUGUUUCUCCCUGCCUCCAACAGAAUGUCUGUGAGCGAGAUCUUCAUCGAACUGCAGGGAUUCCUGGCUGCCGAGCAGGACAUCCGAGAGGAAAUCCGGAAAGUUGUGCAGAGUCUAGAACAGACAGCCAGAGAAAUUUUAACUCUGCUUCAAGGGGUUCAUCAAGGUGCUGGAUUUCAGGACAUUCCAAAGAAAUGUCUGAAAGCUCGAGAACAUUUUGACACAGUAAAAACACAACUAACAUCUCUGAAGACCAAGUUCCCUGCUGAACAGUACUACAGAUUUCAUGAGCAUUGGAGGUUUGUAUUGCAACGCUUGGUCUUCCUGGCGGCAUUUGUUGUGUAUUUGGAAACAGAAACACUUGUAACCCGAGAAGCAGUUACAGAAAUACUUGGCAUUGAACCAGAUCGAGAAAGAGGAUUUCAUUUGGACAUUGAAGACUAUCUUUCUGGAGUGCUAAUUCUUGCUAGUGAACUGUCUCGUCUGUCAGUUAACAGUGUCACUGCUGGAGACUAUGCCCGUCCUCUUCAUAUUUCUACUUUCAUCAAUGAGCUAGAUUCUGGCUUCCGACUUCUCAACUUAAAAAAUGAUUCACUGAGAAAACGCUAUGAUGGCCUGAAGUAUGAUGUGAAGAAAGUAGAAGAAGUAGUCUACGAUUUGUCAAUCCGAGGUUUCAAUAAGGAAGCAGCAGCUGCGUGUACAGAGAAAUAGAUUUCCUUGUUGUUGGCCUUGUUUACCUCCGAUGGUUGCCAGUGAGGGGUGGGAGUUUUAAUGACCCUCUCCCAUGUUAGUUUAGAAGAUGCAAAUGCUAAAAACUUCUCUUUAUUUUCUUACCAGUUGCAUGGUGCAGGUAUAAGAAAUGAGACACUUUUUUUAAAGGAAAAAAAGCCUUCAGAAGGACAGAAUUCCCUUUUUUGUUUGCAGUGAACUUAUUCUAUAAUUCAUUGUAUUUCAGUUCUGCAAUAUAGUAGUAACUGCCAACUUCUUGUUAAAAAUAGUUGUCACGUUAAUCCUGAUUUCCCUUGUGUUGAGUGUUUGGUGUCUAGCUUGUGUAUUUUUCCUUCUGUGAUAAUUCCUACUCUUUACAUAUCCCAAAAGGCAAAUCAGUCAUGCCUGGAUCUGGCAUGAACUUAUAAAUAGACAAUUAAAAAGAAUUUUUGUAAAAUUAAAAAAAUACACAAAAUA